GUCCCCGCCCGUCGGCAGCCGCUCUCCCUGUCACCCUUCCCCCCCCCCCCCCCUCACCGUCGUUACCCUCCGAGGCUCGGACCCUCUUCCUCACCUCCCGCUGCCCCCAACCCCGAGAACCUGCCGCAUCCCAUCACCCCGCUGGCUCUCUUCCUUGUCCUCACCGCCGGCCCCAAUCGUCGUUGAGGCCUGAUUUGCCUCGCCAAGGCUGAGAUCCGGACGGAACCGUCGUGGAUCGGCCGUUACGAUCGAUCCCGUCCGCCACCGUCGUCUUCGCUUGCUCGGUCACCACGGAGCCCCGAACCGUUGGGCGCACAAAACGCAUCCGGGACGGACGGCCGCCAGGUGGAAUUGUAUCAUCGGUGUUUAGUCACAACUUUAGAAGACAACAGGUCUUUAGUUCUGACUUGGCCAACAAUUUCCUGUGGGUUAUUCUCUUCUGAUGCAGUGGCAGAAAUUUGUUGAGUUCGAGCUACCGCUCUGAUACUCUGAUGAGAUGUCACUGAAACUUCCACUUCCGCAAGGGCUUUCCUUCUUAAGAAGUGUUGGAUGGUUUGAAGACAGGAAGGUUGAUUCAGCCGCCAAGCAGCAGUUAUCCCCAACAUUGAAGCUCCAGACAGACAAGGAGGUGUACAGACCCGGUGAUUCAGUCACCGUGACUGUAGAAAUCUGUAGCCCCGCUAGUUUGAAGGAUGAUGCGGGGCAGACAGUGUCGGGCGAAGAUGCCCCCUCUCUAUUGUUAGAUGUGCUUUCCUUCGAACUUAAAGGGAUUGAGAAGCUGGAUAGCCAGUGGUUCUCUGUUCCAAAGCCCUUACCAGGGUCUAAACAAAGGAGAGGUGAACAUAUGUUCCUGGAUUGUUCGGCACCUUUGCUGGUCUCUAAAGUAAUAAUUGCUUCAGGGCAAACAAAAACAUACAUUGUACGUGUGGAACUCCCAAAGAUUUUGCCGCCAUCUUAUAGGGGUAUCAGUAUCCGCUAUAUUUAUUAUGUUAGGAGUGCGUUGUUUGGAAGGUCGAUUGUGUUGGGUAAUGGAGACCAAAAUAAAGCCCCCAUGAAUAGUGCAAUUCAACUGGAAGCUCGAGUCCCAUUACAGAUACGUGUUUCCCAGAAAAGUACCAACCUACUAAAUGAAGAAGGGACUUUACCAUUCCCAGUUGAUCAACUGGGCAUAUUUUGGAGGGAAAAAGAUGAAGAUUCAGACUGGGCCAAAGCAAAUGAUAAUACUGAUCUAGAAGAAGGAUAUGAUAGUUCAAAAGAUGAAAUUUCAUCUGUUUCUUCAUGCAACCCUUCCAAAGCAAAUCCUGAAUUCUCCCUCAGGAACUCGUUGUCAAUGCAGUCCUUGUCAUCACACCUCUCCACAGGUGAGCCAUUGUAUAAUCAAGUAGGACGGCCCAGUUUCCCAUCAUACAGUCCAAUUCCUCGAUUGUCAGUGUCAGAGAUUUCAGAUGAUCAUGACAGAGGUUUAGUGUCACCUCAAAGGAACGUAAACCAUUUGCUGUUGGAUCAUUCAUCGAACGGGCAAAUGUUUUCUCCAGAUGCUGAUCGCUCAAAAGAUGAUGUUGCACUCCCCCUUACGCCAAAACAUGUUGAACCAGCUGGAUCUGAAGGCUUUACGAGAGGAAGAUCUUAUAAUAUAAGAAUAGAUGACCAAGUCUUGCUUCGUUUCUCACCAAAGAAUUCUGACGCAACUUAUUAUUUUGGUGAUAUGAUUGGUGGAGCACUCACCUUUUUCCAUGGAACUAGAACGCGGAGGUGCCUUGAGGUAUCUAUAACCCUGGAAACAUCAGAAACAAUUAAUCCUCGCGCAUUACAUCCUUCAAGAAGGAGCUCGCCCACAAUAACCAAGCUGCACAGUGAACAUCAUGAGGUUGUUGCGGAUCUUCACCAGACAAGCUUUCUCUUUUCCAUUCCCAUUGAUGGUCCUAUGUCAUUUUCUACCUCAAAGGUCUCUGUACAGUGGUCUCUUCGAUUUGAGUUCUUCACAACUCCCGAAGGAACAGACACAGCUAGGUACGAGCACCCACUUCUUGUGGAGAAAAGAGAAAAGGGCGAAUGGAUCCUCCCAAUAACUGUUUACGCACCUCCAUUGCGUAGACGAGCUACUCAUGGGAGAAACGAUAGAUCUGUCUUACUUGGAAACAUCUUCAACUCUUGAAGUGUGCUGUUGCUAUCUACACCUGAUUUCAUCCUUUGCUUGUCGAAGUAUAGUUUCUUUUUUCUUUUUCUUGACCCAAGAAUUAUAGUUUCAUGAAGCUGGAAAGGAAUGCCACAUUUUUCUGAUUGUUGUGAUACCAUCAAAAGAAGUUCCUCACAGUCUGUUAAAGGAUCUGCAAUUUGCUAUCUAUUCGUACAAAAGCACAUCGGAAACAGAAAUUAAAUGGAGCGAGGAGAAACUUGUGUUGCAUCAAGUGGACUGCAUUUGUUUCGUGGAUUUCAGUUCAUCCCCUGGGAGCAGGCAUUUGAAAUUAGUACUUAAUUUACUUGAUGCAACAUCAAUAGUAUACAAGAUACUGAUCAUGAGUGCACCACAGUUACCCUAUACCUUCGACACAAACGGCGCACAUCUGCGCUCAUCAGGUUUCGGCGUUGUGUCAGGGUUGUACCUGGCUUGUGAGCCCCAAUCUUUCUUUUCCAGCUGUUUUUCUGAUUGUAACCCUGUUUCCGAUCAAUAAACCCUGAUCUCUGUUGGGUCUCCAAAAAAAAGGGACAUACCUUUGACAGAUGGACUGGACUCUUGGGCAUUCGGGGUGCCUAUCUAAUAGCUAUUACACCUUUCUUUAGUACACGUGAAAUAGCUGCCCUGUAAUUCCAUUGUUGUGGAAACUAAACAUGAUUGUACAGGCUGUUGCGGAGUUUCUGUAAUCUCCCGUGUUGAUUGUUAGAAUUACUUUCGGAAA